UGAUCCAACGGAUUUAAUAUGUUUUUAGGAGGCAGAAAAGCUCUUAUCAUACAAGAGCCAUCCAUUGUGAAUCCACUUCCAUAUUUUUUGAAAAGCCACGCAUUUUCAGCUGAUUAAAAGCAUUUCCAAGUCAGCAAGAGCAAAGUUUCCAACUACCCCCCGCUACACUAGCUCUCUCUGCAAGGGCUGUUUCAGGUUGUACUUUAACAAAAUGAGACGUUUGGGGCAGUCUGAAAUGGCAUGGGUCGUCCUGCUCCUCAUCAGUCUUCCAUCAGCUAUAAAGCGAAAUUACUCCUCCAGAAUCGGUAACUAUACAAUUAAUGAGCAAGUAAAAAAUUCCAAAGGCACAACAGUAAUAAACCACUACGAACCGCGUCACUUUAACUUCCUGCUUAAUUUUUGCUCCUCCCUUUUUAUUACACUCUCCCGCCUCUCUCCUUCCGCGUGUGAGCGCUCUGUGAUUGGGUCCUAUAUAAGGCCUCUAGCAUUCCCUGCCCAGUGAGAAAGUGUAUGCGCGUUGCUACGGCCAUCCUCCGAACCACAGUUGUUUAUGCGCAAUUGGAAUGCCUGUAUUCUAUUUCCCGUCUGGCGUGACUGUGCGUUGCUCUGUUGCUUCCGGGUCAGCUGUUUCCCGGCAUUUAGGGCCUCCGACGUCUAGGUUUUGAGAAGCCUCCCGAGAAAGACCGGGUCGGACCGAUGUUGAGGCGUCGUUGCUGGUCGGGAGGUUGAGGGGCGGCCGGAGGGAGAAACUGCGGCCGCGGAGAGAAGGAAAGGGCCGAAGAGGACUGGGUGGCCAAUGCUGGGCCGGCGUUCACCAUGGAGAAGAUCUUGGAGGGGUUGGUGAGCUCGUCCUACCCGUUGUCGGUGAAGCGUAUGAUCGUGAAGCGCGUGGUGGAGUCGGCAGAGUCGCCGCUGAACGGGCCGCAGUGCCAGGCCAUGUUCGCACUGAGCACCCGCCUCAUCCUGCAGGGCCCUGACCAGUUCCAGCGCCAGGUUGGGCGGCAAGUACUCGAGGCCUACGCUCGCCACCACCGCGACGACUUCGAGAUCUUCUUCACGCGCGACCUGGUACUGGCCUUGCUUCACGGGGGAGGCCCAACGUCCCCGCCCAUCACGGCUCCGUCGCCUGGUCCCGGCCUUGGGUCCAACUUGAACCCCAGCGUGUUAGACUAUGUCCAGACCGGCUUGCGACUUCUCAUUAGCUGCCCGGCGGUGCUGGAGCUCUUUGCGCUGCUCCAGAGGGAAGCGUUGCGUCUGGUGGGCGAGAGGCCCCCGGCUCCUCUGUGCGCUCGCCUCUGCCAACUUCUGAGCGAUUUUCCUCAGUGCCUGCCCCGCGGUAGAAAACCUGCCCUCGCUUUUUGCCAGCAGUUGGUUCGCAGUAUUGCUCACUUCCAGACGCAAGGCACCCGUGAAGCUGCCCUACGCCUCUAUGUCUCUCAAGUCACCCAAGUCAGCAGUCUCCUGCGCAGCAUCUGGAAAGCAGAACCUGAUACGCUGCUGCCCUCCUUGCAGGAACUCUUUGCCAUCAUCUCUUCCACAGAUACUUCUGAACCUUCGGUUGCUUUGGCAAGUCUUGUGCAGCAUAUCCCUUUACAAAUGAUUACAGUCCUGAUUGGAAGCCUUACCACAGAUCCAAAUGUAAAAGAUGCAAGUAUGACGCAAGCUUUAUGCAGAAUGAUUGACUGGUUGUCCUGGCCAUUAGCUCAGCAUGUGGAGACCUGGGUGAUAGCACUGCUAAAAGGACUGGCUGCAGUUCAGAAGUUUACUAUCCUUAUUGAUGUUACUUUGCUUAAGAUUGAAUUGGUAUUUAAUCGCCUUUGGUUUCCUCUUGUGAGACCUGGUGCUUUGGCUGUUCUUUCUCAUAUGUUGCUCAGUUUUCAGCAUUCUCCAGAGGCUUUUCACUUGAUUGUUCCACAUGUGGUUAAGUUGGUAAUAUCAGUCAAAAGUAAUGGCCUGCCCACCAGCACAGCAUUCUUGAGACAGCUCAGUGAGUUAAUACACUGUAUGAUGUAUCAUUACUCUGGAUUCCCAGAACUUUAUGAACCCAUUCUAGAAGCAAUAAAGGAGCUUCCCAAACCCAGUGAAGAGAAAAUUAAGAUGAUAUUGAAUCAGAGUGCCUGGACAUCUCAGUCCAGUUCCUUGCAAUCUUGUCUGUCUAGAUUUUCUGGAAAAUCUGAAACUGGAAAGACUGGUCUGAUUAAUUUAGGAAAUACUUGUUACAUGAACAGUGUGAUUCAGGCAUUAUUCAUGGCUACAGAUUUCAGGAGACAUGUGUUAUCAUUAAAUCUAAAUGGGUGCAAUUCACUAAUGAGAAAAUUGCAACAUCUUUUUGCAUUUCUUGCUCAUACGCAGAGGGAUGCAUAUGCUCCUCGCCUUUUCUUUGAGGCAUCUAGGCCUCCCUGGUUCACUUCUAGAUCUCAGCAAGACUGCUCUGAAUAUCUUAGGUUCCUGCUAGACAGGCUACAUGAAGAAGAAAGAACCUUGAAAGUUCUGUCUUCAUCAAAGCUUCCUGAGGAUAUGAAUGAAGAGUCCCUGGUCCAAGAUGUGUCCAACAAAUCUCAACUGUUUAUCAAACAGUCUUGUACAAUGAAAGAGGAGAGAACCUUGAUAGAAAAAAUGUUUCGAGGGAAACUGCAAACAAGCAUAUGCUGUUUAAAUUGCAAAAGUACUUCUCAUAAAGAAGAAGCCUUCACAGAUCUUUCACUUGCUUUUUGUCCUCCAGUAUUCUUUAAAAAUGUUAGUCCACCAACUGUAGAACAUUCAUCUGAUGAGAAAGAUGACUCCAUGGAACAAGUCAGUGCUAGGGCAUUGAGCCCUGCGAUAGAGAUGGCAUCUGGUGCGCUAACAGUUGGUGAUUCCUGUGAAAUGGUCACAAAUGAUGGUACUUUGAAAGAUCCCCCCAUUGACUCAAAUUCUGAAAAUGCUACUGAUCCUUUUAUCUGUAAGGCUGAAGUUGGGGAUAACUUGCAGAAACACGCCAGUGAAGUUACUCCUUCAGUUACUGAUUUGUUAAAUUAUUUUUUGGCACCUGAAGUUCUUAAAGGGGAUAACAAAUACUUUUGUGAAAAAUGCGCCUCCUUACAAAAUGCAGAAAAAAUUAUGCAAAUUGUAGAGGAGCCAGAAUACCUCAUUCUUACUCUUUUGAGAUUUUCAUAUGAUCCCAAGUGUCAUAUUAGGCGCAAAAUCCUAGACAAUGUAUCUCUUCCACUUGUUCUAGAAUUACCUGUCAAUAGACCUCUCUCUUCCUUAAGUACAUUGUCAGGCAUUUGGUCUAUGAGUGUUCAAUUUUCUGACACAGGGGAGAAUCUAGCUAAAAAACUCAAGCCUUCUGGUGCUGAAGAAGCAGGUUGCCCUCAACUAAUCCCUUAUGUAUUAAGUUCUGUAGUUGUUCACUCUGGCAUAUCUUCUGAAAGUGGGCAUUAUUAUUCUUACGCAAGAAAUGUUGCUAAUUCAGGGUCUUCACUAGGAUCUUUUGAUCAGUCUCAAAGCCUGGCUUUAGCUUAUCCUCAAAGCAAUUUAAUGGCUGGAGAAAUUCCCACUGCAGCUACUGAAAAGGACCUGGAUGAAAAUGAAGUGUCAAAGGAAUGGUUUCUAUUUAACGACAGCAGAGUGACAUUUACCUCAUUUCAGUCAGUCCAGAAAAUUACAAGCAGAUUCCCCAAAGAUACUGCUUAUGUGCUGUUUUACAAAAAACAGAAUAGUGCUGGUGCUAUUAGUACUAAAUCAGCCAGUGGGCUUUGGAUCAAUGGAGAUCCUCCUCUACAGAAAGAACUUAUGGAUGCUAUUACAAAAGACAAUAAGCUGUAUUUGCAGGUAAGGUACAGAUAUUAAUUUGAAGGAAAUCAGUUGUGUAAUUGCUGUAAAUGUGGAGUGUAUGAUAUAAGGUUGGGAAUACUAAUCUAAGUAAAUUAUUCUGUAUUAACCAGCAUUAUUGAAAUAAUUAAUGUGGAUUGCUAAAAUUUAAUAUUGCCAUAUUUCAGGGAAAGGAAUAAAAACAUCUUUGAAGCAUAGUUCUUAUAUAAUAUAAACAUGGACUGGCAAUCUUGAGAUCUUAUGUUGAUUCUGUAUAGGUGGGGAGUAGUUGAAAUAUUUAAUGUGAAUUAUGUUCAUAACAAUGAGUUAACCUCACAGUUUCCAAACAAAAUGAGUUGGUUUAAUGUUUACUUUAAAAAACCUUAAAUAUCUUCUGAACUUAAAUAAUCUGUAGUUCU